GUCACAAUCUGAGUAAUUUCUUUUAUUUACCACGCUGACUGCUACACACGCAUUUAGUAAUUUUAUAUUGUUUGGUUUAUAGUAGCGUAAAAAACGUUACCGAUUAUACAAGAUGCCGACUCCAGAUAAAAUAUUAAUGAGAAAAAUCAAAAAACGCGAAAAGAAAAAAUUAAAACUGAUUUCUAAAAAAGCAAACGGCACACAAGAAACAGAACAACCUGCUGAGACUUCUACAUCUGAAGAAGCUCCCGCAAAAGAAUCUUUGAAACGACCAGUUGAAACUAUUGAAAACAAUUCCGUUUUGUUGCCAAAAAAAAAGAAAAAGAAACAAAAGGCUACUAUUACUCCAGAGCCAAAACAAGAGCCAGCAUCAGAAAGUGAAAAUGAGCAAGUAGACAAUAAUGAUGAAGUUGAGGUUAAGCCUGAAGAUGAAAGUGAAUUGCCUGGCUCUAGUCUAUGUCUAGGAAUUUUAUCUGAUCAGAAGUUUUCAUCUUUACAAGAGAAAGUAUGUGAGGCAACACUUAUGGGUAUAAAGGACAUGGGUUUCACAACAAUGACAGAAAUACAGGCUAAAGCAAUACCUCCUCUACUUGAAGGGAGAGAUCUUGUGGGUGCGGCUAGAACAGGCUCUGGAAAAACUCUUGCCUUUCUCAUACCAGCUAUUGAUCUCAUAUACAAAUUAAAAUUCAAACCUAGAAAUGGCACUGGUGUUAUAAUACUGUCACCAACACGAGAACUAUCAAUGCAGACAUUUGGAGUUUUAAUGGAAUUGAUGAAAUACCACCAUCAUACAUAUGGUUUGGUUAUGGGAGGGGCUAAUAGAACUACAGAAGCACAAAAACUUUCCAAAGGUAUUAAUAUAUUAGUGGCAACACCUGGACGUCUGCUAGAUCAUUUACAAAACACACCUGACUUCUUAUACAAAAACUUGCAAUGUCUUGUUAUUGAUGAAGCUGAUAGGAUACUUGAAAUUGGUUUUGAAGAAGAAGUGAAACAAAUUAUUAGAUUGCUACCAAAACGCCGCCAAACAAUGCUAUUUAGUGCAACACAAACCAAGAAAACAGAAUCAUUGACAGCUUUGGCUGUAAAGCAUGAACCUGUGUAUGUGGGUGUUGAUGAUCAUAGAGAACAAGCUACUGUUGAUUCUUUGGAACAAGGAUACAUUGUAUGCCCGUCUGAAAAACGUAUGAUGGUUCUAUUCACAUUCCUAAAGAAGAACAGGAAAAAGAAGGUGAUGGUGUUCUUCUCAACAUGUAUGUCUGUGAAAUACCACCAUGAACUAUUUAACUACAUUGAUCUUCCAGUCAUGUCGAUUCACGGUAAACAACAACAGGCUAAGCGUACCACAACUUUUUUCCAAUUCUGUAAUGCAGAGAGUGGCAUACUACUUUGUACAGAUGUAGCUGCAAGAGGUUUAGAUAUACCGGCUGUAGAUUGGAUUGUACAAUAUGAUCCACCAGAUGACCCUAAGGAAUACAUUCAUAGAGUGGGUAGAACUGCAAGAGGUCUGGGCACAAGUGGACAUGCUUUGUUAUUCUUGCGACCUGAAGAGUUAGGGUUCCUCAGGUUUUUGAAACAAUCCAGGGUUACACUAAAUGAAUUUGAAUUCUCUUGGAAUAAAGUUGCUGAUAUUCAACUACAGUUGGAAAAAUUAAUAUCAAGAAACUACUUCCUUAACCAGUCGGCUAAAGAAGCAUUUAAGAGCUAUCUACGCGCUUAUGACUCUCACCACUUGAAAACCAUAUUUGAUAUUGACACAAUAGAUCUCGCAAAAGUAUCAAAAUCAUUUGGUUUUACUGUACCACCAGCUGUUGAACUGAAAGCACCUACUAAUAAAGGUCCACCACAAAAGAGGAAAGGAGGUGGAGGCUUUGGGUAUUUCAAAACACUAAAUGCUCCUGGUCAUAAGAAAGCUGAGAAAACGAAAAUCUAUAGACAAAAAGGGAAUGGAAAUAGGUCUAUAAGCUGAACUUUUUAAACAUGGUUAUAUUUAUUAAAGUUGAUGUAAUAA